CAAGCCCUAAAGGCAUUAGGCAAUUCUUUGUCUAUAUGCACUCCAUUGCUCUCGCUCUUUGAAAAUAUAUUGGGCGUGGGGGUUGCAGCAGAAAAAGGAUGGCGGGAAAGCAAGUCGCCGGCGACGGAGUACCACCGAGCCUCGCCGGCAUGUCUAGAAACCAGCUCUAUGAAAUUAUGUCUCAGAUGAAGACGUUGGUAGAGCAGAACAAGCAACAAGCGAGGCAAAUUCUUAUUCAAAAUCCAGUUUUGACUAAAGCUCUUUUUCAGGCACAAAUUAUGCUUGGUAUGGUGCAGUCCCCGCAAGCAACACCUACCAUUUCAUCAACAGCUUCACAAAAUCCACAGCCAUCAGCUAUAUCAAAUCAGCAAUCCAGUGGUCAGGCUGCUUCAUCAUUUCAGGGUCAAAUUGGUCAGAACCAGAUGAGGAAGCAGCAGCCAAACCAAAUUAUGGCAUCAAAUGCUCCGCCCCAACCUGCUCCUCCGCAAAACCCUCAACCCCAAUCCAUGCCUUCACAUCCCUUACAACCGAUCCAGCAACCUAAGGGUCAUCUUGGUGCCCAAUCAACACAAAUGUCUGUGCCACAGUCUUCUCAAGUUCCUAAUUUGACUCAGUUGCCACAGCAUACUGCUUCACAGCCCCCCUCACUUCACCAGCCUCCUAUGCCUUCAAUGUCCACACAAUCACAGCAACCAAUGCAGAAUACUGGCAGUCAGUAUUUGCCACUACAACCGCCACUACAACCACCUCUACCGUCACAACCAAGACCACCAAUGCCAGGUUUCCCUCACCAGGCUCAUUCUCAGAUGGGACCAAAUUUGGGUUUUCAGCACCCUAGUGGACCACAGUUGCCUCACUCGCAACAUAUAUUCCACUCAGGUACAAAGCCUCCUGCUGGUAUGGGGCCUUCAUUUCCACAGGGCCAGCUGCCACUUCCUAAUCAGCCUUUGCCCCCAUCAGUUUAUCAGGGGGGAAGUCCUCACUUGGGAAUGGAUUUCAAUCAAGCUGGAAGCUCCAAGCAAACAGAUAGAGGAUCCAAUUGGACACCAGGGCUUUCUGAAAAUGCAAUAAUCCAACCCCCGGGGCCACCAUCAUUUGCUGGUCAGGUGGGUCCCAGCAACCAGCCUCCUCGAGGACCACCGUUGACUCCUGAGAUGGAAAAGGCGUUACUGCAGCAGGUUAUGAGUUUGACUCCAGAACAGAUCAAUAUGCUUCCCGCUGAACAAAGAAAUCAAGUUCUUCAGCUGCAGCAAAUGCUUCGCCAAUGAAAAAUGUGUUGUAGAUGCAGUUAUUCCUACUUUUCAGCGUCUACAUCAUCUUUUGGAAACCUCUAUCUCCUUUUGAUCUAGUUGUAAUUCUUUAUAUGGCAUUAAGGACAGCUUCUUACAUGAUUUCUUUCGCACUCUCUUUUUUUCUUUUUGACUUAUAAUUUGCGUUAGGAUUCCUGUGCAGCUCUCAUAUGUUUUUUAUGUGAACUAUUCUAGUAUGGGAUGAAAGCUCCGUGUUACA